CCUGACGACCUUGGCUCGGGUCAUGCGAUCAAUUGCCUUCCGCCAAUCGCCUCUUCGCAACCAAGCCGAAGGGCUCUUCUUUUCUCUGUCCCUUCCGGGGCGAGAGACACCGAGACACACAAAGAGUUUUGUCUGUCAAUCUACUCGUCUGUCUUCCGGCCUGGAGGACCGGCGCACUCGCACAAAACACUCCAGUCCCCUUUACGUCCGGCCCGCUGGGCCCCGAAAGACAUCGCGCAGCCCGAGCCCCCCCCCUCUCUCUCUCUCUCUUUCUCUCUCUCUCUCUGGCCCACUCACAGCCGAACCGACCCUCAAGCGACUGGCCUACUUUUGAAAGACAACCUCGGCGAAUCGGCAAAAAAUGGCAUAAACGCCUGAAAGUUGGCUGGACCCUCCACGUGGCAUAG